GCAGCUGAACUCUUCUCUCAGUGGAUGGAAUCCAAUGGAAAAUUAAAUAUUCCGACAGAUGUUUUACAGAUUGUGUUUUCUGUGCGUGCUCGGACAACAGAAGGAUGGAAUUACCUUUUGGAGCAAUAUGAAUUGUCAAUGUCAGGUGCUGAAAAAAACAAAAUUCUGUAUGCAUUGUCAACAAGCAAGCAUCAAGAAAAGUCAAUUGAACUAGGAAUGGAAGGAAAGGUUAUCAAGACACAGGACUUGGCAGUUCUCCUUCAAGCAAUUGCCAGAAAUCCAAAGGGGCAGCAAUUAGCCUGGAGUUUUGUAAGAGAAAAUUGGACCCAUUUCCUUCAGAAAUUCGACUUGAGCUCAUUUGCCAUGAGAAUAAUCAUCUCUGGUACCACAUCCCACUUUUCUUCCAAGGAUGAAUUGGAAGAGGUGAAACUAUUUUUUGAAUCUCUUAAGGCUCAAGGAUCACAUCUGGAUAUUUUUCAAAUUGUUCUGGAAACCAUAACGAAAAAUAUUAAAUGGCUGGAGAAGAAUCUUCCCACUCUGAGGACUUGGCUGCUGGUUAACAUUUAAAUGGUCAA